UUAUUUAUUUUGCCUUUUCUUCUGUAACGGUUCUGAACCAACGAACCGCAGAUCAAGAAGAACAACGUCGUUUUCCCAUUUUCAUUUGUGAAAGCUUCGAAUUCUUGGAAUUUAAACUGUUCUUUUAUUUUUUUUUAAUUUUAGUUGUUGGAAGAUAAGGUUUUGUUGGGUAUUAUUAUCGUAUAUAAAUCUGACGAACUCUCUCAUUUUUUGCCGAACAUUUUCACAACCGUCACUGUCUUGUUAGUUUCCCGUGAAAACAUUCUUUCGCGGCGAGUCGGGAAAGAGAAAAUCACUCGAAAUCGAGGUUUUCGAAGCGAAAUUUGAAGCCUGAAACUCAUGAAUUCCGAGGAAAUUAUCGCAUCUAGAUUCGGCCAAGUGUUUUCUUCUUCUUCUUCUUCUUCUCAGUGAUGGGUUGUGUGUACUCGAGGGUUUGUAUCGGUGAAGUCUGUACGCCGAGAGAGGCGAGAAUCAAGGAGAAUCAGAAUGUGAGAACAAACGAGAUCGCCGUCUUCUCGCCGGGAACUUCCGACGGCGACGGCGACGGCGAAGACAGGGACCAAUUGAACCAGCUGAGCCUGACCAGAGACGCCGAGACCGGUAUCACAAGGCUUUCUAGGGUUUCGGCGCAGUUUCUGCCUCCGGACGGUUCCAGAACCGUCAAAGUCUCUUCCCAAAACUACGAAUUGCGGUACUCUUACUUGUCUCAGAGAGGAUAUUACCCCGACGCUCUCGACAAAGCCAAUCAAGACAGUUUCUGUAUCCACACGCCGUUCGGGAGCAAUCCGGAUGAUCAUUUCUUCGGGGUUUUCGACGGCCAUGGAGAAUUUGGGGCUCAGUGUUCGCAGUUUGUGAAGAGGAAAUUGUGCGAGAAUUUGCUCAGAGACAGUAGGUUCCAGUAUGACGCUGUUGAGGCUUGCCAUUCCGCUUUUCUGACGACGAAUUCUCAGCUGCACGCCGAUGCUUUGGACGACAGUAUGAGCGGGACCACCGCCAUCACCGUUUUGGUCCGCGGACGGACGAUUUACGUCGCGAAUUCGGGCGAUUCGAGGGCGGUGAUCGCGGAGAAGAGAGGGGAUGAGAUUGUGGCCGUCGACCUCUCGAUUGACCAGACACCAUUUAGGGAAGACGAGCUCGAAAGGGUCAAGCUUUGUGGCGCCAGAGUUCUCACGUUGGAUCAGAUUGAAGGGCUGAAGAACCCGGAUGUGCAGUGUUGGGGUACUGAGGAAGGGGAUGAUGGUGACCCUCCUAGAUUGUGGGUCCCAAAUGGGAUGUACCCUGGUACGGCUUUCACUAGGAGUAUUGGUGAUUCCAUUGCUGAGACUAUUGGAGUUGUUGCCACGCCUGAAAUUGUUGUCUUGGAGCUCACACCAGACAACCCUUUCUUUGUUAUUGCAAGUGACGGGGUGUUUGAGUUUCUCUCUAGUCAAACCGUGGUUGACAUGGUUGCAAAACAUAAAGAUCCUCGUGAUGCUUGUGCUGCUAUUGUGGCAGAAUCUUAUCGACUUUGGCUACAGUAUGAAACUCGUACAGAUGAUAUUACCAUAAUUGUUGUGCAUAUUAGUGGACUAACUGAAGCUGCUUCUGGUCAGUCAGCAAGUUUUGAUACUUCCCUAAGACCACCUGUUCCUCAAGUUGUAGAGGUAACAGGAUCAGAAUCUCCUUCAACCUUUAGUUGGAUUUCUAAGAACCAACGUGUAAGACAUGAUUUAUCAAGGGCGCGUAUUCGUGCUAUCGAAAGUUCUCUAGAGAAUGGACAAGUUUGGGUUCCUCCGUCUCCAGCACAUAGGAAAACUUGGGAAGAAGAGGCACACAUCGAGCGGGCAUUGCACGAUCACUUUCUCUUCAGAAAACUUACUGACUCUCAGUGUCAUGUUUUGUUGGACUGUAUGCAAAGAGUUGAAGUCCAGCCUGGGGAUAUCGUAGUUAAGCAGGGUGGUGAAGGUGACUGUUUUUAUGUUGUUGGAAGUGGAGAUUUUGAGGUCUUUGCAACCCAGGAAGAAAACAAUGGCGAAGUUCCCAAGGUUCUUCAGCGUUAUACGGCUGAAAAGCUAUCAUCUUUUGGAGAAUUGGCACUAAUGUAUAACAAACCACUUCAGGCCUCUGUUCGUGCUGUAACAAGUGGAACUCUAUGGGCUUUAAGAAGAGAAGACUUCCGUGGAAUUCUCAUGUCAGAGUUUUCUAAUUUGUCAUCCUUGAAGUUGCUCCGAUCGGUAGAUCUUCUAUCAAGGUUGACAAUCUUACAGUUGAGUCACAUUGCAGAAUCUCUAUCUGAGGUUUCCUUCUCAGAUGGGCAGACAAUUGUGAAAAAGAAUGAAGCCCUCUUCGCGUUGUACAUUAUUCAAAAGGGACGGGUGAGGAUUACAUAUAAUGCAGAUUUAGUUGGUCCAAAUGUUACCAGUCUCAAGUCUGAAAAUCAAAAAGAAGGUGAUAAUCCUCCAGGCAGUAACGAGCUGUCAGUGGAGAAGACAGAGGGAAGCUAUUUCGGUGAAUGGACACUUCUUGGUGAACAUAUUGGUUCCAUAAGUGCAGUUGCUGUAGGUGACGUCAUUUGUGCUUUUUUAACGAAGGAAAAGUUUGAGUCGGUUGUUGGCCCUUUGCAAAAGCUUUCUCAGGAUGAUCAGAAGUCAAGACCCCAUUCUUCAGAUUUCUCCAAAGAAUCUGCUAAAAAUAUUGAUAUUUCAACUCUUUCUGAAGUUCAGCUCUCUGAUAUGGAAUGGAAGAAAUGUUUAUGUUCUACCGAUUGCAGUGAAAUUGGGCUUGUACUUUUAAGAGAAUCAGAAAAUUUGCUUAGUUUGAAAAGGUUUUCAAGGCAGAAGAUCAAAAAGUUGGGAAAGGAGGCACAGGUCUUGAAAGAAAAGAAUUUAAUGAAAAGUAUUAGCCAUUCAGCCCAUGUGCCACAGAUCCUGUCUACUAGUGUCGAUCGGUCACAUGCCGGCAUACUGCUUGAAACAUGCCUUGCUUGUCCUUUGGCCUCUAUUCUUCACACCCCACUGGAUGAACUGUCUGCACGAUUUUGUGCAGCCUGUGUUGUUAAUGCCUUGGAACAUCUACACAAGAAUGAUGUUCUGUACAGAGGCGUGUCUCAUGAUGUUCUGAUGUUGAACCAAACAGGAUAUUUACAGGUGGUGGACUUUAGAUUUGGGAAAAAAUUAUCUGGUGAGAGGACAUAUACAAUUAGUGGAAUGGCAGACUUCUUAGCACCGGAAAUAGUCCAGGGAAAAGGCCACAGCUUCACAGCUGACUGGUGGGCACUGGGGGUCUUGAUCUAUUUCAUGCUGAAAGGUGAAAUGCCAUUUGGUUCAUGGAGACAAAGUGAACUCGAUACAUUUGCCAAGAUAGCUAAGGGGCAGCUAAAUCUUCCACAAAAUUUCAGCCCUGAAGCUGCAGAUCUCAUCACCAAGUUGCUUGAUGUUGACGAGCAAACCAGACUGGGAAACAUGGGUCCUGAUUCCAUCAAAACUCACCCUUGGUUUGAUGGUAUUGAUUGGAAAGGCAUAGAGAACCAUAGUUUUCCCGUUCCUAAUGAGAUAAUGUCUCGCAUUGCUCAACACUUGGAGAUGUACUCCGAGGAUAUUACUUUUCCUCGCCUCUCUCUCUCCCAAGACGUUGAAGAUGGCGAUGUUCCUGAAUGGCUAGAUGACUGGUAGAAGAACGACAGAAAAGGGAGGGAUUUUGACUUCAAUACUCUCCUACCGUGGAGUUCUCUUCUCUGCUACCGGAACAACUUGCAGCUUGUUCAAAACCAUGAGAACCGAUGACGGAAAAUCAUGGGAAAGAUGCAGAGAAGUUGCAGGGUCUGAUUCUUGCCUGUGGUCCACACAAAUUACAUUUCAUAUUCAUUACCCUAUAACGUUAGGAGAAUGUCUCUUAUGGGUUCCCUUGCUGCCGCUAAUCAAUUAGUGAUUUAACUAGCUGAAUGCUUCAAUAAAGAGGUCAGCUUAUAGAUUUGAUUUAUGUAUUUUUAUUAUGUGAUAUUAUUCUUUCUGUUCUGUAAAUACAAAACGGAUAUAUAUAUAUAUAUAUAUAUAUAUGUAAAUGCAUGAGUUGUUCUUUUAAGAUGAAACUCUCUCUCCCACGCAACUUGUGUAAAGGCAGAUGAUAUUAAUUUGAUUAGUUCAGUUUUCAGCUUCAGCCCAAGUGGCUUCUCAA